AUGAAGGUUCUUCAGAAGGAGCUGAAGUUGCCCAUCGUCUUCCCACCCUUUUCAGCCAGUUCUGUGCAUCCCGGGUUGAAUUUGUCUGUCUGUUGCUUCCAGCUCGACUUGGCGGAUCUGCAGAAGGAGCUGGAUAAAAGCCAGAGCAUGUUCCCCGAGAACCCCUCGGUCUGGGUGAAGGACCUGGCCGGGUACCUCAACUACAAGCUGCAGGCGCCCAGGAGCGACCCCCUGCUGAGCCAGCACCCCCACGACUACCCGUACUGCCUGGUGAGCAAGGACCUGCGCAGCAUCAUCCGGUCCCUGCUGGGAAGGUCGUCCGGCGUGCUGGAGCUCUUCUUCGACCACUGCAUCUACACCAUGCUGCAGGAGCUGGACAAAGCCCCAGGGGAGUCGUUGCAUGGGUACAGGAUCUGCAUCCAGGCCGUGCUGCUGGACAGGCCCAGAAUCGCCACCAUGAACCUGGGCAAGUACCUGGAGGUGUUGCGGUCCCACCAGAACAGGCCGGCGAAGUGUCUUACCGUCCUCUGGGCGCUGGGACAGGCCGGAUUCACCGACCUCCACGAGGGCCUGAAAGUCUGGCUUGGCGUCAUGCUCCCGGUGCUCGGCAUCAAGUCUCUCUCCCCGUACGCUGUUGCCUACCUGGACCGUCUGCUGACGAUGCACCCAAACCUGACCAAAGGCUUCGGCAUGAUCGGACCCAAGGAUUUCUUUCCCCUCCUGGACUUUGCCUUCAUGCCCAACAACUCGCUGCCGCCCAGGUACGCCGACAGCCCCCCGGCACCCCCCUGCCCGCGCCAGCUGCGCCAUGGGGCCAACACCCCACUGGCCUGGGUGGAGCGGCCGCUCCGUGACGGGGCCUCGUCCUUGGUCCUCUCGCCCGCGCAGGAGCUGCUGCGCAAGAUGAAGGGUCGGGGCUUCCCCUGGUCGCGGCUGCUGCUCAUCCUCCUGGUCUUCGCCACCGGGUUCCUCCUGCAUGACGUCCGGACACAUGGAUCCUUCCAGGCCUCCUCCUGCGCCCGCCUGCUCCGCUCCUCGGGCGUCCUGCCGGCCGCCCAGCGCCUCUGCCAGAAGCUCUCCCAGGGCUGCCUCGAGGGCUACAGGUCAGUGCUUGGGGGGGGGUGAGGCUCUUCCCUCAGC